AUGGAGAAGGUUCUGUCACUAAUCACGGUAGCGGGGCAGUUGGCCAUUGGGUUGCAUUGGGUGGGCACUAAGAGCUCAAAUGCAAGAAAGAAAAAGCAAGAACUAGAAAAGACAAAGUCAUUUGAUUGGGAUAGCUUGAGAAAGAAGGUAUUGUCAAAGGGUGGAAAAAAGGAAAGAAACAAGGACACCAUGGACUCGCUGGACUAUGAAGCUCUACAAAAUGCUGAUGUUCAGACAAUUUCUGAGACUAUCAAGGAAAGAGGAAUGAACAACAUGCUAACUGAGAGAAUCAAGGAUUUCCUCAAUAGACUGGUCACAGAACAUGGCAGCAUUGACCUGGAAUGGUUGAGGGAUGUUCCAGCAGACCAAGCAAAGGAUUAUUUAUUGAGUAUACGAGGUCUGGGACUGAAGAGUGUGGAGUGUGUGCGAUUACUAACACUCCAUCAAAUUGCUUUCCUGGUUGAUACAAAUGUUGGACGAAUUGCUGUGCGUCUAGGAUGGGUCCCUCUUCAACCACUUCCUGAGUCAUUGCAGCUGCAUCUUCUCGAACUAUACCCCGUACUAGAGUCAAUCCAGAAAUAUCUUUGGCCCAGACUUUGUAAGCUGGAUCAGAGAACUUUAUAUGAAUUACACUAUCAGAUGAUUACAUUUGGAAAGGUUUUCUGCACAAAGACCAAGCCAAACUGCAAUGCAUGUCCAUUACGACCAGAAUGUAGGCACUUCGCAAGCGCCUUUGCAAGCGCAAGGCUAGCCCUCCCAGCGCCAGAAGAAAGAAGCAUAGACAGUUCAACUACUUCUGUUGCCAAUGGAAAUGCAUCUAUAGUUGUGAAGCCCAUGCUGUUGCCUCCUACUGAAACUAGUGAGGGUUUGGAAUCACAGUACAUUAGGACCAGCUGUGAACCAAUUAUUGAAGAACCAACCACACCAGAACCAUCCUCUGAAGUGUCAGAAAGUGACAUCGAAGACGUGUUCUAUGAAGACCCUGAUGAAAUCCCUACAAUCAAACACAGCUUUGAAGAAUUAAAAAUGAACGUGGAGAGUGUCUUGCAAGUGCAGAAUAUGGAACUUCAACCAGGUGACGUGUCCAGAGCUUUAGUUGCUUUGGAUCCAUCAGCAGCUUCAAUUCCUGCACCAAAAUUAAAGAGUGUGAGUCGACCACGAACGGAGCACCAAGUGCAUGAACUUCCAGAUACACAUUCACUACUAGAAGGGAUGGAUAGACGAGAACGUGAUGAUCCAAGUCCAUACCUUUUGGCAAUAUGGAGUCCAGGUGAAACUGCAAAUUCAACUCAACCUCCUGCAAGUAAAUGCAGCCUCCAAGGAUCAGGCAGACUUCGCAAUGAGAAGAGUUGUUUUAUGUGCCAUAGUACAAAGGAGGCAAAAUCAGAGACAGUCAGAGGCACACUUCUGAUACCAUGCAGGACAGCAAUGAGGGGUAGCUUCCCACUAAAUGGAACAUACUUCCAAGUUAAUGAGAUGUUUGCUGAUCAUGAAUCCAAUAUGAAUCCAAUUGAUGUUCCAAGAGACUGGCUAUGGCAACUUCCAAGGCGCACUGUGUACUUUGGGACAUCUGUCACGAGCAUAUUUAGAGGCUUGUCAACUCCUGUAAUUCAGCAAUGCUUCUGGAAAGGAUUUGUUUGUGUCAGGGGAUUUGACCUGAAAUCUAGAGCACCUCGACCUCUCCAGCACAGAUUACAUGAAACUGCAAGUAAAAUCACCAAGAAUAAGGACAAAGGCAAAUAAAAGGAAGGGUACUGCAAAAGAUACCAGUUCGGAAACUAACCAAAACUUGUCCAUAGAAAGCAGAGGAAUACAGCUAAGUAGGAUUACAGUCCAUAACCAUUGUUUGUACAUUCAAUUGUUUCAUCUCUAUGUGGGAGAUGCAGCUUCAGAUGUAACUGAGGCGGCAUAAAGAAUUUUCCAAACUUGGUGAGAAUCCCUUGAAGCACGGGUA